CUCAGAGUGACCUUUCAUCCUCUUGUGCAUCUGACCUGGUCACAAUGGUCUCUCUAUUUCGAGGCAAGGCCCUUCGGGUGGCUCAGGCGCUUCUUAUCGUGGCUCCUGCUUUCAUUGUCUUCGGUUAUAACCAAUCUGGACUCGGACCCCUCGCAACCUUGCAGAGCUGGGUGAAGGUCUUCCCUGAAAUCGACACUAUCAACACGGAGGGUGCCCAACGCUCAAAGAACUCAACGAGCAAAGGCGUUGUAAUUGCGUCUAUGCAACUCGGUGCCCUUGUGGGAGCUCUAUCGUGUACAGCAUUCGGUGACCGAAUCGGUCGACGCAAGACUAUCUUCCUUGGUGGUGUCCUUACAAUCAUUGGCCAAUUACUGCAGACUGCCGCCUACGGUCUUCCACAGUUCAUUGUUGGUCGUGUCAUCCUUGGUCUUGGUAUUGGUCAAUUCAGCGUUGCGGUUCCCGUUUUGCAGUCUGAGUGUACAUCGGCCAAACAUCGUGGACAGCACGUUAUUGUUGACGGCAUUUGUAUCUGCUUGGGUUAUACGUUGUGCAAUUGGAUUGACUUUGGCCUUAGCAAGGUCAGUGGCUCAUUGCAAUGGCGGGUUCCGCUGGUGGUCUCUUUCUUCUUCUCGUUGGUUGUUUUGGCUUCGGUUUUCCUGCUUCCCGAGUCUCCUCGAUGGCUUGUUAGUGUUGGCCGUAUUGAAGAGGCCACGGAGAGUCUUGCUGCUUAUAAGGGUGUGCCGGAUGACGAUGAGUCUGUCCGUGUUGAGAUCUCUGGUAUUGAGACUUCGUUGGAGGUUUCGGCUGAUAGUGCGUCCUUGAAAGACAUCUUCAAUUUCAACAAGCCUGACGAGGAACGCUUGUUGUACCGUUUCUGUCUGUGUGUUGCGCUACAGUUCUUCCAGCAAAUGUGCGGUGGUAACUUGAUCUCGACAUACAUUUCCACCAUCUUCGAGGAGGACCUAGGAAUGACCAGUGAUCUUGCUCGUAUCCUGAGUUCCUGCGCCAUGACCUGGAAGUUCCUAUGCUCUUUCAUCGCAUUCUUCGCCAUCGACAGACUCGGCCGCCGAAAGAUCUUCAUGAUUAGUGGGGCGGGUAUGAGCGUGUGUAUGAUGGCCCUGGCUAUUACGAAUAGCUUCAAAGACAACCGUGCCGCAUCGAUCACAUCCGCCUUUUUCAUGUUCCUGUUCAACAGCUUCUACCCUGUCGGAUUCCUCGGUGGAAACUUCCUCUAUUGCACAGAGGUCGCUCCGAUGCGUCUUCGUGUCGCCAUGUCCGCCAUCUCCACUGCUAAUCACUGGCUGUGGAACUUUGUAGUUGUCAUGAUCACACCUGUUGCCCUCAACACUAUCGGAUAUAGAUACUAUAUUGUGUAUGCUGUCAUCUCAGCAUGCAUUCCUGUCUCGGUCUAUUUCUUCUACCCUGAGACUAUGAACCGCAACCUUGAGGCAUUGAAUCAUGUAUUCCGUGAUGCCUCGUCACCUUGGCAGAUUGUCAAUAUGGCUCGCCACCUACCACAGGGUGAGGCUGCUGAGGUGGAUGUGUGGAUGCGGGCAGAGGAGAAGGGGGUUAUCGAGCAGAAGGAGAACGCUUAA